AUCAAAAUAGAUAGCUAUGGAAAACAUGCCGUAGAAUUUCCCAUUUUGUAUUGAAACUUUUCCUAAUCAGAACCAAAACUUCUAUCAAAAUUUUAAGUUUCUGACUCUGCGCAUUUCUAUUAAAAAUCCCUAAGUAUGGUUUGCCGGUUUAAUCCUUUUUAUGUAGGACCCGAGCCACCCAGCUGCACCACGGAUGCCAAUUCCAAGUGCGACUGCCCGCCCUGCUCCCCGGACACUGGGUACCAGGAGCCGCGCCCCGUCUACGACGACUGCGUGAAGGACGUGUCUAAGAAGGAGACCAAGGAAAAGAAGUGCAAUCCCCCAUGCAAGGAGGCUCCAAAAGCCGCGGAUAAUUCGAAGAAAGGUUCUUUGAAGGAAAAGGAUAAAAAAGCAAAGUGAAGUUCAUGGAUUUGUGCAGAGUUUUUAAUAAAUGUUUGGCAUAAAACUUCAAACAAGUUUAA